GCCUUCUGAUUGCCAGCCUGGUCUCUUAGCAACGAGACGCCUCUCUUCCAUGUAGUUUACACGGUUGCCAUAGUGACAGGGAAGCAAAUUGCCAACCAUGUCGGCUCAGGUGCUCGUCUCCCGUCCGCUGGCUCCUCAGAGCAUCCCCGCAGUCAGCCUGCCGGUCCGCACGGUGGAGGCGCCCUAUAACACCGGGGAGAGCUCCUCGUCUGGCCUGGCCACCGCCGGCUUCCGCACCGCCAAGUACCUGCUGGAGGAGUGGCAGCAGGACGGCUACACGACCUUCUACCAGGCGUUCAGCGACCGGGACUCCUCGGAGAAGAACCGCAUUGAGGCCAAGCAGCUGGCGGCGGAAUGCGAGGCCCGGGCACAGCGCAGCCAGGCGGACUCCACCAAGAAGCUGGGCGAGAGGCUGCUGGACAUCCACUUCUGGCGAUCCGAGCUGGAGAGGGAGAUCCGCGAUGUCACCGCGGAGACCGACCUCCUCCUGCAAUGCAAGAACCGCCUGCAGAGGGCGCUGGACGCCACUCGCAUCCCCUUCACCAUCGCCACAGACAACCUGCUGUGCAGAGAGCGCAGAGUGGGGGCGGAGCUGGUGCGGGACGGGGUGGAGGUAGAGCUGAUCAAGGAAGCGGAGCUUAUUAGGAAUAUUCAGGAACUCCUGAAGAGGACUCUGGAGCAAACCAUCCAGCAGAUAAGGAUGAACAGAGAUGCCAAGGAGAAGCUGGAGAUGGACUGGUCAGACAAGGUGGAGGCGUACGACACGGAUGAUAAGUGCGGAAGAUACAACAAUCAAAGUACUGAGAUCCAGUUUCAUCACAAUUCCUCCAAAUUAGAAGACAACACUUCCACACCGGAAACCUGGGCCCAGUACAGCCACGACAACAUAUACCGCGCAGAAAGAGAGAGAAUGACUUCAAUCAAUCUUCGCUCUCUUAUUGACAAUAUCCUCCAAGACAUUUCCGAGGACCUGCGAUCUCAGUGCGACAAUGUCAACAGCGCCUUUGCCAAUCGCUGCGAGGAAGUGGAAGAUGCCAAAAGGAAGAUGGAGAGUCACUUGAAGAAAACCCUGGAGGAGAUCGGAGAUCAAGAGAAUAAUAUAGCAGCCCUCAAACAAGCUAUUACGGAUAAAGAGGCACCAAUAAAAGUGGCUCAGACGCGUCUAUAUCAGCGCUCCUACAGGCCCAAUGUGGAGUUGUGCCGGGACCCUGCGCAGUUCUGGCUGGUGAGUGAAGUGGGAGAGCUAACGGAGUCUGUAGAGUUCCUCAAGCAGAAGCUGGAGGAGGCGGAGCAGUGUCUCCGCAACUUGGAGGACACCAGGAUGUCUCUGGAGAAGGAUAUCGCUAACAAAGCCAACACUCUGUUUAUUGACCGGGAGAAAUGCAUGGCCCACCGCACUCGCUACCCCAACGUGGUGAAACUCUCCGGCUUCUAGUAGAGGGAACUGAAAAAGUUAGAGAAA